ACGCAUGUUCACGUCAUAAAAACAUGUAUUUGAUUUUUAUUUUGGCAUUACCUGCUUUUACAGUGUCUCUUCCUGUUCGAAGCACCGUAGACGAUUCUACUUGUGGAUAUAGCGCAUGCCAUGCUACUGAACCAGGAUACAUUAAUAUACAUAUCAUACCUCAUUCCCAUGAUGAUGUUGGGUGGCUAAAAACAGUUGAUCAGUACUAUUAUGGACUCAAGCAGAAUGUGCAGCUAGCUAAAGUGAAGGAUAUAAUUGACACAGCACUGGAUGAACUUGAAAAGAAUUCUGACAGAAGAUUCAUUUAUGUUGAAACAGCUUUUCUUUGGAAGUGGUGGCUAGAAAAUGAUGAAGACAGACGACAGUUAAUGAGGGACCUUAUUAACUCAGGUCAGCUGGAAAUCAUUGGAGGUGCCUGGAGUAUGAAUGAUGAGGCAGCCACUAAUUACCAGUCUAUAAUUGAUCAGUUUACAUUUGCCCUCAGGCAACUGAAUGAUUCCUUUGGUGCAUGUGGCCGCCCCCAUGUAGGUUGGCAAAUUGACCCAUUUGGACAUUCCAGAGAGAUGGCAUCCAUUUUUGCUCAGCUUGGGUAUGAUGGUGUCUUCUUUGCAAGAUCAGACUAUCAAGACCGUCAGAGACGAUACCAGACAAAGGACACUGAGAUGAUAUGGCAAGGCAGUGCUAAUCUUGGAAUAUCAUCCAGGCUGUUUGCAGCAACUUUUAAUAACUCUUAUUUCCCACCAGAAGGAUUUUGUUUUGAUAGCAACUGUGGUGGAAUCCCAAUCAAUGAUGAUCCGCAAAGUCCUUCGUACAAUGUGGAUGCUAAACACAUACUGGAAUAUAUUAACAUGAAUUUGUUCAGUGUUACUAUGUCACAUACAUUGAUAGUUAUUUACAAUAUCACCUUUUCAAAACUUAUGCAACUGAAACUACAUUACUUCCCAUUUUCCACUCAUAAUUUCUUGCACGCAGCAUCCUACUUUAUAUCCCUUAUUAUCACAUUGUCAAAUAACCUAUGGGGGCUGAUAACCUUGUUGACAAUUGGGAGACUGAUGCCAACAAUAUUACACAUGUUAUUCAAGAUAUUUCCAGAAUUAAAAAAUGUUGCUUCAGUGCCAACUGAAGAUCCCAUUUGUCAUCAUGUAGUCUCUUAUAUCUCAUUACCAGAAUCAAAACAUAUUGCUUCAGUGCCAACUAAAGACCCUAUUCGUCAUCAUGUCAUCAGUUACAUCACACAGCCUCAAAGCAACUUUAGAGUAGUUCAGGUCCAUGUCAAGUUCUGUGAACUUGAAGCAGGAAUGUGUUGGUAUCAUCACUUACAUGUCAGUGUAGUGAGACAAGUUUAUUGUCACACCCAAAAACUUUGUUCAGGAUGUGUAGGCUAUGGUGAGAGUGUGGUAAGAGGAACUGAUAGGUACACUUUUGCUGCAAACAUAUUUAUUCUGCAUAAAUGCCCCGAGCGUGAUGAUGCCAGGCCAAUUAGCAGUGAUUGGGUCAGGUGCAUGACAUCAGCAAGUGGGUGCAUGGUGGGUGCGUCCUCAUGCAGCUGCCUAGUGACAGUAGUGGCUCGCAGUGCUGGCUGUGAAUUGUCAGUAAUAAUGAGUGGCUGGCCUCAAGGCUUGCAUGCCACACAAUUGGGCGACUUGUGUCAACAGCGCACAGUGAAAUGGGUGACCAAAGUCCGUUUUGACAUGACUGGGGCACCCAAAGUGUGCCACCUAGAUGUUGUUGAAGGUUGUAGCAAGGUCUUAGUGAUGAUGCCUCCUAAUGGAUUGGAACUUAUAAGGCUGUUAGUCCAUAUACAUGUCUACCACACACAACCUACUGUACACAUUGACAAUGCCAUCCGUGAGAUUAACAACAAAAAUGAGGUUUUACAACUCCUAUCUCCUCUAUCUCAAUCACUGGAUCAGUGCCACAUGCUGGACAACUUGGAAUAUCAAGCUCUCAGUUCAUCACUCAUGCUAGUUCACAUUCAUGAGCAACAGACUUUGUUUGUUGGCUUCAGUGGUCCUUGGCAACUGUCGAGUGUUCCUGAGCACCUUUCCAUGGCAGCAGAUGGUGGACAUACACACCAUGCUCUUCUGCACAAGUCUUGCAGUAAUGAGCUACCUCAGGCAGUUAAUUGCUGGUAUCACAGAUGUUUAGGUUUUAAGGCUACAAAGAGGAAAAUAACAAGUUCACAUCUGAAGAAUGAUCACCUGAAACAUUCUGACUAUGGUCACAAUCUUCCCACUUCAAGUGAUACCACCAAAUUACGUGAGGAGAACAGUGUAUUAGAAGGUAAUCUGAUGGCAACAGGCUCCAAAUUACAAGGGGUCUGCAAUACGUUAGAUGGGCUUACCAACACCCCACAGUGCAAUGUGGUUCUCAGGCAGUUGUGUCCUCAGAAACACAGUGGAUUGUCAAGCUACGGGGUCUGUUGGACUGUGCCAGAACAACUAUACAAGACCAAAGUUUUGAUUGGAAAACUUAAGCCCACCCGGACUUUACCACCAACUUCUGAUGGCAACGUGAUCAUGAUGACAUCAGAGGAAAUAACACCUCACACUAAUGCUGCCACUCCUCCUUCUGUCUAUUCUAAUAUUACAGUGACAUAUCCAAGUUUCAAUUGGCUGAUUGCUUCAGCUAUGGCUGCCACCUCCUCAGUUGUCCAAUGGCUGAUUUUAAACAUGCCACCAUCCUUCUUACGCAGGCCAACCCACACAAUAAAUCUUUACAUCUUACACAUAGUAUUGUACAGUUUAACUAUUGGAUAUAUAAAUUCUCACAUGCUGAGGCCAUUGUGGAGCAACCUUGGUGAUAUUCUUUCAGUAACAGAAUUCAUUGCAUAUAUAGAGGAACAGGCAUCUUAUAUGAAGACUGAUCACGUCCUUGUCACAAUGGGAGGAGAUUUCCAUUAUCAGGAAGCUGCAUCUUGGUUUGUCAACCUCGACAAGUUAAUAAAGUAUGUGAAUGAACGGCAGACAGAAGGAAGUAAACUGCAUGCAUUAUACUCAACACCAUCAUGCUACCUGAAAGCUGUGAAUGAUGCAAACAUAAAAUGGGAACUGAAAGAAGAUGAUUUCUUUCCAUAUGCUGGUGAUGCUCAUGAGUACUGGACAGGAUAUUUCACAUCAAGAGCAACUAGCAAAUAUUUUGAGAGACAAGGAAAUAAUUUUCUUCAGGUAUGCAAACAGCUGUAUGCAUUAGCAGAUGUUGAGGGCACAUACAGUGAGGACUUAGAAAAAUUACAAGAUAUUAUGGGAAUUUAUCAACAUCAUGAUGCCAUUACAGGGACAGAAAAACAGAAUGUGUGUGAUGACUACAAUCUCAUGCUUUAUGAUGGAUUUCAGCAUUGUGGAAAAAUUGUCGAUAGGGCAUUGAAUAAGAUAUCUGCAGGUGGUGUCUCCACACUUUCAUUCUCAUCAUGCCUCCUCAGCAACAUAAGCCAGUGUGAUAUAUCUGAGAGUUCAUCGAAUUUUGUAGUGACUGUGUAUAAUCCUUUAAGCCAAGCAACAUCCUAUUAUGUCCGUAUUCCUGUGCAGGAUGGCACAUACUCUGUGACAGAUGCAAAUGGUAAUGAGCAGAUAAUACAGUUGGUACCACUACCAGAUGCUAUUUACAAUGUUCCUGGAAGAGACAGUAAUGCAACACAAGAAAUUGUCUUUCAAGCCACUGAUGUUCCAGCAUUGGGCUAUUACUCAUACUAUGUGUCUAGUACAAAACAAGAGAGAAGUUAUUCAAACAUUAUAUCAGAAAAUGCAGCAUACAUUGGAAAUAAUUACUUGCAGGUAAUUUUGCAUGAAACUCAAGGGACUGUAAAGUCUGUAAUAAUCAAUGGAACAGAGUUACCACUUAGCCAAAAUUUUUAUUACUAUGAAGGAUGGGCAGGAACUAAUGCAGGACCUGAUGAGAGAUCAUCUGGUGCUUACAUUUUCCGACCAGUAGGAUCUGAAGCAACCAUGGUGUCUGGAACUGCGACAGUCAAAAUAUACAAAGGUGAUGUUGUGGAAGAAGUGCAUCAAACCUUUAGUGACUGGAUCAGUCAAGUUAUUAGGAUAUAUAAAACUGAAAAACACAUUGAAUUUGAAUGGCUGGUUGGACCCAUUCCCACCGAGGAUAGGGUAGGGAAAGAAAUAAUUUCCCGUUUUAAUACAAACCUGGUCAACAAUGAAACAUUUUACACUGAUUCAAAUGGCAGGGAAAUGAUACAGAGGCGAGUCAAUUACCGACCGACAUGGGAUUAUGUUGUAGAGGAACCUGUCUCAGGAAAUUAUUAUCCUAUAACAUCCAAAAUAGUAAUAAAGGAUGAGAAUAAAGGCCUAGAAAUGGCAGUUCUGAAUGAUCGAGCACAGGGAGGUUCCAGCCUUCGAAAUGGUGAAGUUGAACUAAUGAUCCAUCGUAGACUGCUCUAUGAUGAUGGAAUGGGAGUUGCAGAACCAUUACGAGAACAAGCAUUUGGCAAGGGUUUAGUUGUCAGAGGUAAGCACUGGCUGUUAAUGGGCAACAUAACAGAAGGUGAUGGAUGGAGUCUGGCAAGUCAAGAACGUUUUCUGGCACAGAAGAAACUCCUGUCCCCUUGGGUUCUGCUCAGUAAUGCUGACAAUGUUGCUUUCACAGAAUGGACAAAUUCACAUGAAACUCAGUUUUCAGGUCUGAGACAAGAACUUCCACAAAAUAUAAAGAUAUUAACAUUGGAACCAUGGAAAGAUAACUCAUUGCUACUACGCUUGGAGCACAUACUGGAAAACGAAGAAGACACAAAUUUAUCUCAGCCUGCUACAGUAAAUUUGGAGGCUCUAUUCACACCAUUCAGUAUCUCAUCUAUUAGAGAGACAACACUGGGUGGAAACCAGUGGCUGGAGGACAACACACGGCUGAUAUGGGUUGAUGAGGAGGGUACUCCAUCAACCACCAGGCAGUCCAAGGAAGACAUACCUAAUGUGACACUGGAGCCCAUGGAAAUACGCACAUUUGUAAUAGAAAUUGAUUAUCAGAAAGCACACCAUAAUAAACACUGA